AUGUCUCGGUUGAUUGUUAAAAACUUGGCGAAUAGUGUUACGGAAGCUAAACUUAAAGAAGUUUUUAGCGAGAAAGGUAAUGUCACCGAUGUACAACUCAAGUAUACUUCUGAUGGCAAAUUUAGACAUUUUGGUUUUGUGGGUUUUCUGGACAAUGAGCAAGCCUCGCAGGCAGUAGAAUAUUUCAAUAAUACUUUUAUUAACGGAUCUCGAAUUAGAGUAGAAUUUUGUGCUGCUUUGGGUGAUCCAAAUAAACCAAAAGCGUGGAGUAAACAUUGUGCAGACAGCUCAGCAUACAAGAAGAUUCAUCAGGUAGUUAAAGAAGAGGUCAAAGAAGACAAAAAGAAGAAAGAAACAAAAAGUUCAGCAGUAAAAGAUAUUUUGAAAAAUUAUGAAAAUGAUCCAGUGUUUUCAGAAUUCAUGGAAGCUCGCACCAAAGGUAAGGAGAUAUGGAGAAAUGACAUAGUUGCUGAUAAUGAGCCCCAAGAAAUUAGUAAUGGAAAGGGAACGGAGCCCAAAAGUAAUGAAUUUGAUAGUGAUAGUGAGAAUGUUAGUGAUGAUGACAAAGCUGAUGACAGUGAACUCGAUGAGUCUUCCAAAGUUGCCAAAUCCAAUAUAUCGGAUAUGGAAUAUCUGAAAAUGAAAAUGAAGAGUAAAAAAGAAUUGAGUGAACAAACUGAGAAGUCUGAAGAAAACAAGCCAUCUGAAAAGGAAAAAAAGAAGGAGAAAAAUAAUGUUGUUCUCUAUACUGUUAAAUUACGUGGUCUUAAAUACAAUUCAAAAAAGCAACAAAUCAAAAAAUUUUUUUCUCCUUUGAAACCAUAUUCCAUUCGGUUACCAAAACUUCAGAAAGGGAUAGCAUAUGUGGGAUUUAAAACAGAGAAAAUGAUGAAGUUAGCUCUAAUGAAACAUAGGAGUUUCUUAGAAGGACGCCAAAUAUCUGUAUUAAGAUAUGAAGGUGAUGUGAAACAUUCUCUAAAAGCUCGAAAUUUAGGGAACAGAUGGGAAGAGCAAGCUGAAAGCUUGAAGAAUGAGGAAGCUGUUGCAGAAUCUGGUCGAAUAUUUGUUAGAAAUCUAGCCUACACUAUGAAAGAAGAUGACCUUGAAGCAUUAUUUGCCAAAUAUGGGCCUCUGACAGAAGUAAUUAUGCCUAUUGAUCGCUUUUCAAGGAAACCCAAGGGCUUUGCUGUGAUUACUUUUCUUAUACCAGAGCAUGCAGUUAAAGCAUUUAUGGAGUUAGAUGGCUCCAUACAACAAGGCAGAAUGAUGCAUCUCAUACCAGCCAAAAGCAAAAAAUCGAUUGAAGAAAUGUUGGAAAUGGAUGGAUUAACAUACAAACAAAAGAAAGCUCUUAAGGAAAAGGCACAAGCAUCUUCUUCAAAUAACUGGAAUACUCUUUUCUUGGGUCAGAAUGCUGUGGCUGAUCUAAUUGCAAAGAAUUACAACACAACAAAAGAAAAGGUAUUAGAUACUAGUGGUAAAGAAAGUCUUGCUGUUCGUCUGGCGUUAGGUGAAACCCAAAUUGUUAGUGAAACAAGACAAUUUUUAUUGGACAGUGGUGUACAACUUGAUGCUUUUAAUCAAAACACAACUCUUAGAUCAAAAACUGUGAUUUUGGUAAAAAACUUGCCUGCUGGUACUACAUCACAAGAAAUGUGUCAGUUGUUUGCAAAAUUUGGAGAAUUAGGACGUGUACUUUUGCCCCCAAGUGGAGUGACUGCUAUAGUGGAAUUUCUAGAACCAUCAGAAGCAAGAGCAGCAUUUAGAAAAUUAGCAUACAAAAAGUUUAAACAUAUACCUCUGUUUUUGGAAUGGGCACCUUCAAACACCUUCUCCACAGCAUUUGCAGGAGAAAAAACUCCUAAAGGAUAUGAAGCUCCAUCAAAUGGUGAAGAUAAUAAGAUUUCUAACAACGUGCAUUAUGAUCAGCAAGAACAAAAAGUGGACAAGAAAGAUAAUUCUCAAAAAGAAGAAGAAGAAGAAGAAGAAGAGGAGGAGGAUGAGGAACCAGAACCUGAUACAACCUUGUUUGUUAAGAAUUUGAAUUUUGAAACGAGGGAAGAUGCUAUUAAAGAGCACUUUAAAAAAUGUGGUCGUAUUCAUGAUGUGACUGUAGCCUUAAAGAAAGAUCCUAAAAAUCCAGGAAAAAUGUUAUCCAUGGGUUAUGGAUUUAUUCAGUUCAAGAAAAAAGCAAGCUUGGAGAAGGCCCUCAAGUCCUACCAGAACGCUGUGCUGGAUGGUUAUUCCCUUGAGUUGAAGCGUUCAAAUCGAACAUUACAGGCAAAUGUAGCCACUGGAAGAAAAGUUACAAAUGUUGGAAAACAAACAGGUUCAAAGAUUCUUGUGAGAAAUAUACCAUUCCAAGCCACUCAGAAAGAAAUCCGAGAAUUGUUUCAAACUUUUGGAGAAAUAAAAGCUUUAAGACUACCUCAGAAAAUGGUAAGUGCAGGAGGGUCAGGUGCUCAUAGAGGAUUUGCGUUUGUGGAAUACUACACAAAACAUGAUGCCAAACGAGCAUUUAAGUCAUUAGGUCAAAGUACUCACUUGUAUGGGCGAAGGUUGGUGUUGGAAUGGGCCAAGGCUGAAGAAAAUGUGGAAGAACUUCGCAAGAAAACUGCAAGUCAGUUCCAGAAUAUAUCUUCACAUUAUCAGCGCAACAAAAGUAUAGCCGAGUUCGAAAUGGAUCAAGACCCAGAAUAA